UAUGAGGUUAACCCACAGGUUGAAUUAGUAUGAGUUGACCCACAAGUCGAGUCUGUUUUACACCUCUAGAUUCAGCUUCAACCACAAAAAGUGGAAGCAAUUCAGUUAUGAAGAAUUAACUGCUAUGCAACGGAGCUAAAGCGUCGGGAAAUUCCAAAUUUAGAUAUUGGUAUAAUGAUAUUAGCUCAAAGAGGUCGAAUUCUACUCAAUUAAAUGGUUUACGUCAACAAAAGAAAAAGAAAAAGAAACCGAAAUUCCAAACGAUGUAAUGCGAUUUCCAAAUACUCCUUGUCUCUCAUCUAACACACUUCGUAAAAUCUGCUUCCAAGAAAACACCAUUCCCUCAAAACUCCAACACCCAUCAUUCAUUCCUCCUCAACCUCCAGACAACAAAUUACACAAACUCUUAGAAUCACGCAUAAUCUCUCUGCUAGAUGUCUGCACACACCUCAACCAUAUCAAACAACUACAUGCUCAUAUAUACAGUUGUGGACUAGGAGAAAACAGCUAUGUUCUUACCAAAUUCAUUCGUAUUCUCACGAAGCUUAACUUUUCAAUGGAUGGUUAUCCGCGCGCCAUCUUUCACCAGGUUCAACGCCCACAUUCCUUUCUUUGGACAGCUCUCAUUCGUGGCUAUGUGUAUAACGGGCCGAUUUAUGAAGCUAUAAGUUUAUAUUCUUGUAUGAGAAGAAAUGGUAUUAGACCCACUUCUUUUACUUUUUGUACCUUGUUUAAGGGUGGUGCUAGUAUGGGGGAUGUGGGUUUGGGUUGUCAGUUACAUGGGCAGAUGUUCAAGUUUGGUGGGUUUGGGUCGGAGUUGUUUUUGCACGCGGGGAAUUCGUUGAUUGAUUUGUAUGUGAAAUGCGGGGUUCUGGAAAGUGCCCGCAAAGUGUUUGAUGAAAUGCCUACGAGAGAUGUUAUAUCUGGAACUUCACUCAUUGUUGCUUAUGCUAAGGGUGGAGAUAUGGAAGCUGCUACGGAGUUGUUUGUCGAGCUUGAUGUGAAGGAUGCUGUGGUUUGGACUGCUAUGAUUACGUCGUAUGCACAGAAUGCUCGACCUAAGGAAGCUUUAGAGAUGUUUGAUAGGAUGCAGCGUUGUGGGAUUAAAGCUGAUGAGUUUACGUUGGCUGGUGUUAUAUCUGCUUGUGCUCAGCUUGGUACGAUCAAGUAUUCAAUGCGUAUUCGGGAUAUUGCGGAAAGAUCAGGACAUGGACCUGACAGAAAUGUUGUUAUUGGGUCUGCAUUAGUAGACAUGUAUGCCAAAUGUGGGAGAGUGGAUGAUGCAUAUGAGAUAUUUAAGGUCAUGAGAGAAAGGAAUGUGUACACUUACAGUUCAAUGAUUUUGGGGUUUGCGGUGCAUGGUCGUGCUACUGAAGCAAUGCAAUUGUUCAAUGAGAUGGAGAAGACAGAUAUAAGACCAAACAAUGUCACUUUGCUUGGGGUGCUUAUGGCAUGUAGUCAUGCUGGAAUGGUUGAAGAAGGCCGUCGGUUAUUUGGAAGCAUGGAGGAAACCUAUGGUGUCACUCCCACAAGUGAUCACUAUACUUGUAUGGUUGAUUUUCUUGGACGAUCUGGCCACUUGGAAGAAGCCCUUGCUGUUGCCAAAACAAUGCCACUAGAUCCCCAUGGGAGUGUGUGGGGUGCGCUACUUGGAGCUUGUAACAUUUAUAAUAAUCCCGACAUUGCUGAGGUUGCUGCCAGCCACUUAUUUGAACUUGAGCCCAACAAUAUAGGAAAUUAUGUUUUGCUUGCAAACAUACUUUCAUCAGCUGGAAGAUGGGAAAGUGUUUCAAGAGUGAGGAAUCUUAUUAAGAGCAAGGGUUUAAAAAAGUAUCCUGCACGUAGCUGGGUGGAAGGAAAGAAUGGAAGUGUUCACGAGUUCUUUGCCGGAGACCAGUCUCAUCCAAGAUCUUCAGAGAUGAAGCAGAUCCUGGAGGAUCUUGUAGCUAGGUUGAAACUUCAUGGAUAUGAACCAAAUUUGGGAUCAGUGAGUUAUGACGUUAGUGAUGAUGACAAAAGGCAGAUACUAAUGGCUCACAGUGAGAAGUUAGCCCUUGCUUUUGAAUUAUUGACUACCGAGUCUACUCAUACAAUUAGGAUUAUGAAAAACCUCCGAAUUUGUGAGGACUGCCACAUCUUUAUGUGUGGUGCUUCUAAGGUUGCCGGGAGGGAGAUUGUUAUUAGAGACAAUAUGAGAUUUCACCAUUUCCAUGAUGGAGCAUGCUCCUGUGGUAAUUUUUGGUGAUAUAGCUGUUACAAACUAAUGUUUGUAGCUACUUCCUCCGUUUUAAUUUAGUUGUAACAUUUUCUAAAUCACGGACUCCUAGACAAUUUUUGGAGAGGAGAGAGAUAUAGAAAGAAAAUAAAAGUGGUCCAUGUGACAAAAGAGAGAUAGAGAGAAAUUAUUAUCCAAAAUGAAAGUGUCACAACUAAAUUGAAACUUCGUAAAAUAGAAAACGUCACAACGAAAUUCAAACGGAGGAAUUAUAUAGUUUAGCUAUCACCCUACUGAUAGGAUGGUGAUAGUGUACUAGAUGAUAUGGAUUCUGGUGCUUGGAGUUAGGCUGAACACAAACCCUUCAGUGAAAUAUGUGGGUGGGCAUUUGUGUGCUUCUGAGAGUUUGUAAAGCAUUUAAUUGAAUUGCCCCAAAUUUUCUUAAUCCCUUUGCUUCUGCUAAAGUUCCUCAUCCCAUCGGAUCUUUUAUUUAUUUUGCUGCCAUGUAUGGUAUCGCAAAUGUACGCCAUUAUUUUCUCAUUUUACUUCAUCAUUGUUUGAAAUAUUUUCUUCUUUAAGUGAGUACUGUCGAGCGUCGAGUCGUCGCUGCGUGUGCGAGCGAGCGAGUACUGUCGAGCGUCGAGUCAUCACUGCAUGUGCGAGUGAGCGACAGGAGUGUCAAGCAACGAGUCCUCGCUGCUGCUGUCGAGUGUGCGAACGCUCGAAGUCGAGGCCGCAGGAAUGUUGUGUGUGUGUUGCACGUCGGGUGCUACUGUGUGUGUGCGAGCAGUCGAGGGUCGUACUUUGUGUGCGAAGUGUGGUCGAGGUUGUGCGGGUGUGUUGUGUGCGUGCUAGGCGAGGUUGGGUGUCGAGUUGUGCGAGGUAAUGGUCGUGCAUGUGUGCGACGAGUGGCGUGGUGUUGUGCGAGUGGUGUGCAAGUGUGAUGGUGCGUGGCUAGUGUGUUGUCGGAAUUUCGUCACCGGUAAUUGCCGUCGGCGAGUCACUUUGGUAUAAAGAAAAUAAAAUUCUUCUUUUCUUCUUUAAAUUUAUGUAUAUAAUCUGAUUUUGUAAUUCUAAUGUAUCUUUGAUCAAGUUUGUAAUUUGAUUAAGAUUAUAAUUUGAUUAAGUUUGUAAUUAUAAGUAAAGUAUAAAAUAAGUAAAAGAAAUCAGAUUUAUAGUUAUA